UUUGAGAACGGAUUUUAAUAAGUGAUUUAAAGAUUUAAGUCCUUUGUUUUUUUAAACACUUUACACCAAUGUUGAAUUUACCAUGGCUGUCUAUAGUGAUACCCAAAUAUGUGUAGUCAUUAAAGAUGUUAAUUUUGGAGAACCCUAUGGUAAAGUUAAGAUGAUCUGUGUUCAUUUACGCUUAUUGUACAUACUUAAAACGUAACUAUCCAUAACCAGUAAAACAAAUUGGGGGGAGGGGGGCAUCUGCUCCCUCCCUCGCUAGCUACAGCCCUGUUUAUUUGUAAUUUAUUGUUUUAAAAUUAAUUUUUAAUGAAACAGUUAAUUAAUCAUGAAUGUUACAUUUCAACUUUAUUUAUUAACUGAAUCGGUUUAUUGUAGGGUAUCGUAGUCAUUUAAUUCUGCAUAAUUCUUCUUUUUUUUUUUCUUUUUUUUUUUUUGUUUGUUUGUUUGUUGUUUGUUUGGGUUUUUUGUAGGUUUUUUGUGGGGGUUUUUGGUGGUGUGUCUUUUUUUUCUUUCUUUCUUUCUUUUUUUGUAUAAUGAAUAUUUUUUGUAUUAUUGUAAAUUGUUUUUCAGAUAUGAUUUUCACAAAGGUCCACAUCAUCAUUGGAUCUUUCGUGAUGAUAUUUGUUAUCACCAAUAACUCUGCUGAAGGGUUUGUAGAAUUGGAUAUUUACACUAGCAUAGCUCGAGGUUAUAAAGGUGUUCCACACGACAUAAUAUGUGAGGUUAACAGUGGGAACGUAACGGGAAAUGUGGAGUUCACUCGACCAGGCAAAAAUAAAUUAGUUCUUCAGUGUGACAACCAAUUCACUUCCAAGAGUUGCAAGACGGUUGUCGACGGUUACACGCUGAAAAUCAGGACGAGUUCAUCAUACACGAUGGCCAUCGAAUCUUUCAACCCUGAUGUUGACGAGGGUGUGUGGACGUGUCACGAUUCAAACGAUGACGCCAGCAUAUCCUCAGUAGAGAUUGUAUCUGCUUCUAUCUUCAAGGUGACUGAUAAUGAACUGCCCACACAAAAGAAUGAUUCUGAUGGCUACUACAUGCGAGUGGCUGGUGCAUGUACCUUUCCAGUGCCGGUAUGCAAAUGGAAAAUCAUGGAAGUGGGCGAGUCAUUUUUAAAUGAGCUGGAGAUACCUUCUGCUUAUAUCGAUCAAAAAAUGAAGCCGUGCAAGAAUGAUCUGAAGGUCACGUGCAUCGUAAAAUUUGACAAGACGCCUGAGGUCUUCCUUGAAAAAUACCUCAUCUUCUCUGUGACAAUAUCUCACCCAUCCAUUCCUGGCAAUCCCAUUACGCCAGACGCUAGUCCCGUCCUUUUCUUUCCACUUCCUUCGAUUCCUUCAGUUGAGCCAUAUCAUCCAGACCAUCCAGUUACUCCGUUUUCCCCAGAUGAUCCAGAUCAUUCACAUCAUCCACUUCCUGCAUUGAAUCCAAGUGAUCCAGAGAACACGACUGGUGUAGAUGGGACUACUGUCGCUAUGGUUAUCAUUGCGCUCAUAAUUGCUGGUGUUGUACCAGUAGCUUGCCUCAUUAAUAAAAGGCGAAAGACACAGAAAGAUCAGAAACAACUGAUGGACAAAGAUAGCGAUCCAUAUGUGAUUAACGUUUAUGGUGAUCCAGACAAAGAGAAUAAGACAGAUGACAUUGGCCACGAAGUAUCAAUAAACAAUGAACUGGAUGAUAACAUGCUAGAUGAUAACAUGCUAGAUGAUAACAAGCUGGAUGAUAACACGCUGGAUGAUAAUACGCUGGAUGAUAACAAGCUGGAUGAUAACAAGCUGGAUUUAGAGAAUCAGACAGUUCAAGUAAAAAACCCAGCCCAAAUUGAUACGAAGACGACGGUUGAAGUAAAAACCCAAAACAAGGUUGAUGAUCCAAGCUCUUCAGAACCUACUAAGAUAAUCAUGAAUGAUUCGGAUGGAUUUGCAUGGAUGUAAUUAACUUCUACAGAGCCAGUCCCGGAACAAUGAUUAUUAAAUAGCAACGUCACCAUUAUUGGAAAUGAAAACAUAUAUAAUGUCAUCAGCUGGUAUUUGAUUAUAAAUCUCAAUGACAAAACCGUUAUCAAGACUGAACCUCUGCACAGUUCAGAAUCGAAUAGUAUAGAACAGAUGUUUAAUGACACCCCAGCACGAAAAUUCCAACGGCUAUUGAAUGAUCAACAUCAAUAUAAAAUAGAAUAGAUGUUUAACAUACCCAAGAUCAGUAUAAAAAUGCAAAAUUCAGAAUCGAAUGGGCAUUUGGCAAAAUAAUGCUUGGAAUCAACCAUUAUUUUCACAAACUCAUUUGAAUCUGCAUUGUGCAGAGAUACAGCUCUGAUCAUGUAUUACGGUUUUGUCGUUAGAUUGAUUCCAUGAAUCUCUAUCAAUACCUCGUCUUUAGGAGGAUAACCUCUCCUAAGAUCUUUUAGUGAACAAUACAUACUUAUUUCACCGCCACAAAGAAGACAUGGCAAGGAGCAUAAUUUAGAGAUUAUAAUAUGAUAUUAUAUUAUAUUAUAUUACGGUAUAUUAUAUUUAUUUGUGUCUAUACUUGUGUAUCUGAAUGGUGUGGGUAAGUGUAUGUAUACAAAUGUAUGUUAAUAGUAUGAUUAUCAUUCCAUUAACCAUUAUUCUUAUUGUUAUUGUUAUUAUUAUUGACAUUUAGGGAGCAGUUGUUAAGAUAUUUAGCCAGCUGAUAGGGUAACAGAACAAUACCAAGUUAUUUUUAAAAAAUUCAUUAUUAAGUAACAUAUUAAAUGAAGCAUUAUUUAGAAGAUAAUAAACUUAAAAUUUUACAUUAAGCAUUAUUUAGAGGACGGCAUAUAUGACAUUUUACAUAGAACAUUAUUUAGAAGACAAUGAAUGUAUAAAAAAAAAAGAAAAAGACAAUGAAUGUAUAAAAAAAAAAAAAAAAAAAAAAAAAAAGUUUUAUUUAA